UCUCAUUUUGUGUACGUUAUAUUUGACGUUCAUUUCGAUUCACUAAUCUACACACGAUUGUAUUGUGGUUGUAUAUGUAUAGAUAUGUUUCGCAGCCAAGUUGUAGCCAAGUUGGAAUUGCAUCGACCAAUGGGAUUAGCGUGGGCGCGGCACUCUUGUGGUGGGAAAAGAGCACUGACCAAUGGCAGAGGGAACCGUCGAAUGCAGUGAUGGAUUGCUGCAACGGAGUCGUGUGCAAUUCCGAAACGCAUCUUCAGUCGUUGCUAAGCUUCAACGCGGAGGACUUGGCUCGAAUAGAUAUUUGUACGAGUUGUUGUGUUUUGGUGACAUCGUGCGGUUAAAUGAUAUAUUUUCAUCGAUCGAAAAAUGAAUUCGAUGAUAACUAUGCCAAUGGAAUUGCAGCUACAACUGAUACAACAUCAACAGAUGCUCUUCCGUCAACAGCAGCUAGCUCUUCGACGACAUAGAUCAGAGGAUAUACCAAAUCCAAACAUGUGGACGUUGCCGUGUUUAGGUGGAGGACCUCCUCUACCUUCGGAAGUGAAGAUUGAAUUGCAAAAUCGGCAAUUGUGGCAGCAAUUCCAUGCCGAGACCACAGAGAUGGUAAUUACGAAGGGGGGCCGGCGAAUGUUCCCGUCGAUUCAGCUGGCAAUUACGGGAUUAGAGCCUCGUGCUCGUUAUUGCGUUCUUCUCGAAGUGGAGCCGGCGUCCGAUCGUCGGCACAAGUACGUCGGCAGCGGUGGCGGAUUGGAGAAAACUUGUGGGAAUGCAAGAGGAUGGACGUCAGCUGGUCCAGCCGAACCUCAACCACGAAUCGAUCGAAGAAUUUACUUGCAUCCGGAUAGUCCGGCAACCGGUACGCACUGGAUGCAGCAUUCGCUUAAGUUCGACAAAUUAAAGCUGACUAACAACGCUGUUGAUCCCAGGAAUAAUGUUGUUCUGACAUCCAUGCACAAGUAUAUUCCGCGGAUAUGGAUAAUUCGUUCCGAUGACGCAACUAGAUUGAGCGAUCUGUACUCUCAUCCAGCAUCAGCGUUCAAGUUCAAUGAAACACAGUUCAUCGCUGUAACCGCCUAUCAAAACGAGAACAUCACAAAAUUAAAGAUCAACAACAAUCCCUUCGCGAAGGGAUUUCGAGACUGUGGUCAAUCACGUUGCAAGAGGAAAUUCCAGUCGGAGGCAGAAAGAUUGAAUCGCCUGGAUGACGACGAUGAGAAUAUGUCUUUAGAAUCAGAGUCAAAUAAACCAUUGAAUCAUCCGGAUAUCGCUAAUCAGAGACCAAAAACAGCCUCCAGUGAGACAGGAAGUUUAGAUGACAGCGGUGUUAGUAGCUGCGGAGGAAUAAGUCCACCUCUUCCCCCAACUAUUCAUCGAAAUUCACCACUUAGAAAUGUCGAUCGCGAUACACAGCCAAGACUGCACAGACCAUGGGUCGAUUCUUCCCCGCAAUACUCGUCUUCUAUGGUGACCACGUCGUCCUCAUGUUCGUCGCCUAGAUUUAACGGUUUAAAUUUUCCCGCGUAUUAUCUUCGACUGUUUUACCCAUCUUUGGCGGUGCAUUCAGAUUUUGCGAAAUUGCCCUAUCAAUCGAUGGAGCAAUUUUCGAAAUAUCAUUAGGAAUGAAAUUACUGAUUUGUUCGGUGCGUACAAUAAUUUUUCGGUUGUGUGAAACAAGAUGAUAAAGGAUUAUCCAUUCGAAACAUGGACGAUGAACCAAAGAUUUUGUUAAAUGUAGAAAGAAAACUCCAAUAUGGAGAGGAAAAUUCCAAGUUGUGUAAUUUCAUUAGGUAUAAUAUCGGAUCCGAAUUUGGAAUUCCAUGAAGAUAUAGAAAAGAUCUACGUUUCUGAUAGAUAUAUAGAUUGCUAAAAAAAUUAUAAUGUCUUUCUGAGAUGUAAAUAGUAAGGUAUACUUAAAUUUCCAUUUAUUUGUAUAUUCUCGUUAAAUUGUUGAUAAAGGACCAAAGAUAUUUUAAAUAAAUUUUUGACGCUAAAGAUUUCCUUGUGCUUGUGAUACAUCGAUUAAAUGAAUUUUUUUUAUAAAGAAUAAACAAACAAGGAAGUCUUUACGAUACAAAAUUAGAUGAAUUUUUUCGAACAUCAGUAUAAUUCAAGAUCUACGCUCUUCGAAUAAGGUUAAGUGUUAGAAGUAGGUGCCUAACAUCGUGAAUAUCACGCUAUUGUAAAUAAGUACAAUCUAGUGCCUUAUAAAAUACAAUUACUAUAAGAUAUAAAAGAUAUACAUGGUUCCUUCAAUAUGCUUCAAAUGCGAGGAGCAAAUGAAGUUCGCUAGAAUUACAAAUGCUAUAUUUAUAUAUGUAAUUAAAUCCGUGUAUAUUAUGUAAUUUUAUCUAUAAAUUUUGUACACUGCGAGCGUUGAAAUACCAAUAUAUUUUUGUCAAUAAUGUCGUUACUUAAGAUACGUAGUUUAAGGUUGAUCAAUGAUUUUUUUUACUGUGCAUUCAACUUAUAGUUGUAAUAAAUUGCCAUUUACACAAGACAUUCACAUUUUGUUAUUAUUCAUUCUUUAUCCUACUUUUAUUUUCCUAACUUUUAAAAAAUAUUCUCAAACAGAAUACUUUGACCAACAAUAAUAUAAUAAUCAACUACGGCCAACUAUUUUGUAAGUGAAAAUCACAUUAGUAAAUAUUCUAUCGUAUUUUAUUAAAUUUCUAUUUUAAAUAUAUUAUAGCUCUUUCGUGAAAAUCCGCAGAAGAAAAGAAGAAAACACUUAUUUACAAUUCAUAGAAUUAAAUUGAACAUUUCGUGUAAAACAAGAUGACCUUGUAAAAGACAAUAUUCUUUGAUGUGACCAGACGCGGAAGUUUCUGGAUAGAAAGACAUCUUGAUAGCCGAUUAGGCAAAUCUCGGGGAAACCGCUAUUCUCAAGAGGAAGUAUCUGUAGAGACACGAGUUCUUAUUGUCGAGAAUCGUGUCGCGCCUACAUGUCGCCUUUCCAAGGAUCCCUGCAUCUUCUGGUAUCGAUGUCUCCCGAAACACUUUUGUACCAGCAAGUCGCCGUUUCGUCGGCUACUCGACGAUGUCUGGAUUUGUCGAGCUUCCGUACUACGAUACAUCUCCUCUCAAUGCGCCCUUUUUUUUUCUUUCUUUCGAGUUUCCCAGCGAAAUUGCUUGUGCAUUGUAUAAAGACUUCAACAGGCUCUUGUGCAUUGGUCGAAUCGUGAGAAUGUCGAGCAUUUAGCCAUUGCGAUGACGGAAUGAAGACCAAAAGUCAGAGUUUAGAAGUACAAAAACAGCAGAUUUCUUAAAUUUUCUAGCGAUGUAGUAUGUUACAUAGUUUCAAGUAGGUAUGUUUUCUUAUGGUAACUGAUUUGUGGAAGAAUAGGGAAAUGUUUGGUCCUGUUUUUUUAUUUACUUCUUAUAUACGUAUGUUAUAUUACAUAUUAUACAAUAUCGUUCAGUGUAAAUUAUUCUAACAUUGAAUUUCUAUGAAAAAACAUUAUAUACGUGUGCUGAUUUAGUUGUACUUUGUUAUAAUAUCGCUAUAUUAUUGCUUUUCUUAUAUUAUAUCCAUUUGAUUUAAACAUCAUACUUUUUCUCUUCUUCCAUUUGAUCUGAUCAAUGAAAUCUUCAAUUUCACACUUCAGUUUUUUAAUUGAAGAUUUCAGGCGAAA